UUGAAAAUAGUAUAAUGUGAUUUGUAAAACAUUCAGAUUUCAAUAUUUUGUAUUAACAAUUUUUUUUAUUUUUAUUUGAAAUUCUGAUUAAAAAGUAAUUUUUACUACUAUAGAAUAAUUUGUUAUUGUAUUUGUUGGAAUUUGGACUACUUAAUUAGGAAUGUCACGUUCAAUUGUAUUUGGGAUACAUGUUGGAAACUCAACUGCAUCAAUAGCCAUAUCCAAAGAAGAAGGUAAAGUGGACGUUCUUGCAAAUGAAGCUGGAGACAGAAUAACACCUGCAAUUGUAUCUAUAACUGAUGAAGAAACUGUUGUUGGAAAUGCUGCAAAAACUGGUUUUAUAUCAAAACAAGCAAAUACAAUAACUUUUAAUAAUCGUUUAAUGAACCUUUCAUUAGAUGAAAAUGAAAAACGUUCAUUUAUAGAAAAUAAUAAAGUCAAAACUAUUGAGGACGGAGGUCAUCUUGCAUAUGAACUACCCUUGGAAACUAAAAAAAAAAUUUAUUCUCCUCAGUUCAUUGAAUCAAAUAUAUAUAAAACAUUAUACGGUAUUGCCAAAAGAGCCACUCACAGUGAAGAUACAAAAUGUUCUUGUGUUGUAACUGUACCAGAAUUUUUUGAUGAUCCUAGCAGAGAAUCUGUUAGAAACGCAGCAAUUCAAGCUGGAUGGAAUGUGCUUCAAGUUGUUAAUGCUCCAAGUGUAACUCCUUUUACUUAUGGAAUUAAUGUUACAGAACCUUUAAAUGAUACGUAUAUUUUAGUAUAUAGGCUUGGAGGUAUUAGUUGUGAUGCUACAGUUUUAUAUGUGAAUUCUGGUUUAGUGUCAAUUGUAGCAUCUGAACAUACUAAGGCUAUUGGAGGGUAUAAAUUAAUAGAAACACUGAAAGCUCAUUUAAUUGAAGAAGUAAAAAGGAAACAUCGAUCAAAUCCUUCAGAAAAUGCAAGAGCUUCAGCAAAGUUACAAAGAGCUACUGAAGAUGCAGUUCAUUUAUUGUCUACAUUAAAAACGGCAAAUAUAUUUAUUGAAUCAUUGACUGACGGAGUUGAUUUUGCUGCCAUGGUUUCACAAGCAAGAUUUGAAUCAUUAAUUGCUCAUUUGUUGACUGAUUUUGCUCUGCCUAUUGAAGUUGUUUUAAAGAAAGCUAAUCUUAAGAGUUCAGAUAUUAAAAAAGUUUUACUUUGUGGCGGUCCACUCAAAAUACCGAAGUUGAAACAUUACAUUGGAAAUUUAUUCCCACAUGCAGAUAUACCAAAUGGUAUUAGUCCCGACGAAGUAUUGGCUUAUGGAGCAGCUGUGCAAGCUAGUUUCUUAGCAAAAUAUUGGAAUACACAUGAUGAUUUACCAGAACCUACAACAGAAGUUCACACAUUAAAUGAAUUAAUAGAAAUUGAUUGUUGUGGAGAAACAUUAAGUUUUGAUCACAAUGAAAUAUUACCUAGUACAAAAAGUAUAACAACUAGUGCUAAUGUUGAUAAUAUUACUCUUAUAGCUACAUCAGGAAAUAACAAGAGUAGUAAAUCUGAAGCACAUAUAAAUCUUAAAACAGAAGGAGAAAUUACUUUUACAUUAACUGCCAGUGUAGAUCAAUUACAAGUUGAAGCUAAACAUGUGGACACUGAACUAAAAUCAUCUGCUAUAUUUGUAGCUGUAUAACUUGAUUUACAAUAUACAAAAAUUGCAUUCUA